AUGUCCUCUCCUCAACAACCCGCACCCGAGCGUUCCAUCUUUGGAGUCGACCCUCUCGACGACUUCGUGACCAUGGUCGGAGACUGGAUCUACGCAAACGGAAGGGGAAGGCAAAAUCUGGAGAUCGAGGGCAAGAUCGGUCAGAUCAUCGAUCAAGAGACCGGCGAAAGGAUACAGCUGCCCGUACGAAAUGAGACCAUCGUCGAUCUCAGCCGCACAAGGUUCGACAGUCGAAUGACAAUUUCCCAGCAUGCGCAGUACAACCGCAUCCUUAAUUCGCUCGUCUCAAGAUCCGGCGAACCUUCUUACACCGGAGCCCGGAUCAGCUAUCAGAGGCGAAAAGAGAUCGACUACUUUCAUCCUGCGCCCAGCGGCAAGGUUCGCGUCACAAGAGAUGCCGAGACGCUGGCAAUCAAGCCCGAUGGAAUCGUACAGAAGCAGCGCAUCGCCGACCUCAACAUCCACUGCCCCAAUCGCCUGUUUGACUACCGCAUCAGCAUCAACGUCGAGAAUCCAGCCGAAGAGCCGUCAUCGGAUCACGUUUCGAUUCGCGAAAAGAACCGACUUUCGUACGCACACCAGAACUUUAUCGUCGAUCUCACCCAAGUCACUGUUCCCGAAAAGCCCCAGGAGCCGAUCCACGAACUCGAGAUCGAGAUUCGAGACGUGGAUCAGCUCAUGCAAGCUGCCGCUCAAGCCAAGUCGAACCCCACUAGCAAUGGAUCUGGAUCCAGCGGGCAGGAUUGGACUGCUUUUGACGACCAGGUGCUCAUAUUCCUCAACAACAUUCGAAUGCUCAUCAGAAACGGCUCUGUCGACGAUCGCCGUUGA